AAUUGUUGUCUAUCCUAUCGAAAUAAUUGGAGAAACUGUACGCAAACACGGGCUCCACAAGAACGUGCCGGCGAUUUGACACCGCAACACAUUGCCGUGUGCGGCCACUCCGACAUCCGCCUACUUAUCGCCAUGACGACCCGUGUGCUGCUCAUCGACAACUAUGACUCGUUCACGUACAACAUCUUCCAGUACAUGGCCCAGCUCGGCGCCCAUGUGGACGUGAAGCGUAACGACCAGAUCACACUGGACGAGAUCCGCGAGAUGAACCCGGACCGUAUCAUGAUCUCUCCGGGUCCGGGAUAUCCCAAGGACGCGGGCGUGUCGUGCGAUGUGAUCCGCGAAUUCGCUGGCAAAAUCCCCAUUGCCGGUGUGUGUCUGGGCCACCAGUGCAUGUUCGAAGUCUUCGGUGGCAAGGUGGACCACGCUGGCGAGAUCGUGCACGGCAAGGCCUCAGUCAUGGUACACGACGGCAAGGGCCUAUUCAAGGGCAUGGCACCUGAGUUCAAGGCUAUUCGCUACCACUCGCUCGUUGGGCUGCCGGAGACGCUGCCUGACGCGCUUGAGGUGACGGCCACCGUCAAGGGAACCAACAUGAUCAUGGGUGUGCGACACAAGCAGUACAAGGUCGAGGGAUGGCAGUUCCAUCCGGAGAGCAUCCUGACCGAGGACGGCCUCAAGCUAAUCCAGAACUUCCUCGACAUGUGAACAACAGGGGGUGCGAGAGUCUGUCAUGACGCGAAUAUACACAUACAGUUCGAGCAAUCGACUUGCUGAGUGUUUUUCGUCUUCUAUUACAAAUAAAUCCCGGUUGCUUACUACAGAGAAGGCUUGAAACUCUCGCCACGGGGUCGGACAACUGAAGACGUUGAUCAUCCGCGCAUACGCGAGGCAAAAAAAAAGCGACGCAAAAUACGUG